AUACAUAUUUUAUAAUUAACUGUCUACAACACCCUUUAAUUUUUCCCAAAUAUUCCUUCUUUGCUGCACUACUCAUCUGGCUUCUGCUUCUCUAUUCUCUGUGUCUAGUUUCAGUGUUUAGAUUUUUCUUACAGAGAUGCCUAGUGCCAAUGAGCACGAUGAAUUUGAUAACAGUUCAGAACCAUUUGUUGAAAUUGAUCCUGGUGGACGGUACGGUCGGUACAAUGAGCUGCUUGGGUCCGGUGCUGUGAAAAAGGUGUAUAGAGCGUUUGAUCAAGAGGAAGGUAUUGAAGUGGCAUGGAACCAAGUGAGGCUACGUAACUUGAGCGAUGACCCUGCCAUGAUUGAGAGGCUUUAUUCAGAGGUUAGGCUUUUAAGAUCCCUAACAAACAAGAACAUAAUUGCUUUGUACUAUGUUUGGAGGGACGAGGAGCGAGGGACUCUGAAUUUCAUCACUGAGGUUUGCACAAGUGGGAAUUUGAGACAGUAUAGGAUGAAACAUAAACAUGUUUCGAUGAAGGCUUUGAAGAAAUGGUCCAAACAGAUCCUCAAAGGUUUGGAGUAUUUGCAUAAUCAUGACCCUUGUGUUAUACACAGAGAUCUUAACUGCAGCAAUGUGUUUGUCAAUGGAAAUAUUGGCCAGGUCAAGAUUGGUGACUUGGGAUUGGCUGCUGUAGUGGGAAAGAAUCAUUCAGCACAUUCUGUUCUAGGGACUCCAGAGUUUAUGGCACCUGAGCUUUAUGAUGAGAACUAUACAGAAAUGGUUGACAUUUACUCAUUUGGGAUGUGUGUGCUUGAAAUGGUGACCUUGGAAAUCCCUUAUAGUGAAUGUGACAAUGUUGCCAAGAUAUACAGAAAGGUUUCCACCGGAGUUAGACCUUGUGCCUUAAGCAAGGUCAGAAACCCUGAAGUGAAGGCAUUCAUUGAGAAGUGCCUAGCUCAACCAAUGGCAAGGCCCUCUGCCGCUGACCUUCUCAAGGACCCUUUCUUUGAUGAAGUUGAUGAUGAUGAUGAUGAAAAUGAUGAGUCCUCUAAUGCUUCAUGAAUUUGAUAUCUACAAGUAGUCUGUGUGAUUGAGAAGAUGUAUUUGAAUUGUAUUUCCUUUCUCUGUAAAUGAAGUUUCUACACCCAAAAUAUUAACUGUUUAGUUAGGUGAGGUUGAAUAUUUGUUGGAAUAGAAAUGUAAUAUGUAUCCAUGUUUAUAAUGCUAGUUAUACAUAUACAUAUAUAUAUAUACACAUUGGCUUUGUGGUCAGUAUGUUUAUUCCAUUGAUUUGAUAUGAAAUUCUAAUUUAAUAGUGGGACCUCAUGUUUUUAA